AUUAUUAUUCGUUCAUAUCAUGUGUGAUAAAACACAGAAUUUUGUGGGUUUUACAGUUCUGGAUUUUAUAUUGAAAUCAAACCUUUAUAAUAAUGCUAAUGAAUUCCUAUUAAAUUACCGAUAAACGAAUUCCACCCACAUUAAUCUAAUCUAAUCUAAUUAAUUAAUAAGUUAUCUCUUUGAAAUACCACCAAAGGGUUCCCAACUAACCCAUCCAUCUAUCUAUCUUUCGGGGGAAUUCUUGGAACGAGGUUCUUGUCCGCCGUCGAAGCUUCCAAACAGAACCUGCCAUCGAUUUCCAAUCUAUAAAAACGAUAUUAUCAUUUGUGUAUUAGGGUAAAUAGUAUAUAGCAAUUUCUUUCUCUCUUAUCAUUUGCAGCUUUGAUUUCAGCACGCCGCUUCUUUCCAUUCCCUCCACGACAAGACCGAAUCUCUUCCUCUUGCUUUGCUGCAGAUUGUUAAUCGGCUGGCUGCCGGUCUUUAUGAUAUGAACAUUAGCCAGCAAUUCAAUUCUAUUGUAUCUCUUUGGGAAUGCCAAACGUCAACAUCGUCGACAUUUUUUUAUGAAUUAUUUAUCGCCGGGAUAGGUAUGUUUGAAGCCAAUUUUGAACCCGUGAAUACUUGAUAUUUUUGUGGUAGUCGAUUGUUACCUUUGAUCGUUUAAUUUGAGAACGAUGAUAUACGAUUCAUUUAGAGGACGUUUUCUGAUAAUUCCAACAUUGGAUUCGGCCGAGCAUGGUGGUUUAGGAAUAUGUCUCAAGACUCGUGAUAAUUGAAAUCUAUAUAUAUAUGGGUUAGAAAACUAGGGACUGGGUUAUUCAUUAGUGGUUAGGGUAUAGUAUCAUGUCCAAAAUUUCGGUUAAUUCAUGAUCUAAAUAGCAAAACUCAAACGGACUGAACCAUGGCAAAGGCUAGCGUACGCCUGGACAUACCCUAGCCUACCGUACGCCCGUUGAGUUUUGCUAUUUAGACAAUGAAUUAACCAGAGUUUGUGGCAUAAUACUAUACUCUAACCCAUAAUGGAUGAACCCCAGUCCGCAAUUCACUAACCCAAAGCAUAAUAUCCAUUUACAACUAUAUAUAUAUAGUAUUUUUGAACAUCGUUAACCUCUAUUAUACCAAACUAAUUUACCCAAUGAUCAUACAUGUACCAUAUAAUGGUUUUGGAAUAACAUGACCGGAUUACACGCUAACUUCCAACUACAUAGGCAAUCGAAUUUCUUGUUUACACCCAAUAAUAUUUGUAAACAAUAGCAUAAUAGAAACUCAAGGCUUGUUUGGUCGUAAUAAGAUACCACCCAAACUGCUCAAAAACUAAAAUGGAGAAUCUAAUCGGCCAGAGGCAAUUUUGCUAGGGCAGCAGCCACCCUAUGAUUCCUCCAAACAUUCCCUUCCAUUAGCUAACUUCCCAAAUCCCCUCUAACAGCACACUCUUCAAUUUUUUGGGACUCUUUUUAGUUUCUUCCACCCCACCCUCUCUCCUUUACUUUCCCACUUUCCCAAUGCCUUCUAUUUGGACACUUCCCUUUGAAUUCCACUCACCCUUUUCUUCCCAACAUUUUCCUCCAUUGCCUGCCGAUCCCCUCCAUUUCACCCAACCCACCUCCCACUAUAUAUACCACAUAGUGUAAGAAGAAAGAGAGGAAAGAAAAAACUACUCGUAAAACCACUUCAUCUAAAUAGCUCUGGACAAGAUUUAAUUUGUAAAAGAUACGAUCAAUCGUUUUCGUUCGAAGGGUUUUUUCGGCAUGGUGAAGCCAGAGAGCAGCACGACCACUACGGGGUUAGGCCAGUCGUCGAUCACGUUGUUGCAGGAGAGGUUCAGACAGCUGCGAAGGGCGAAGGAGAUGAGGGAAGAGAAGAAGAUGUCCAAGGUGAUGGCCAUGAAAUUGAAGCCUACCGGUAAUCAUACUAGUAAACUUCAUAUUCAUCCUCAUCCGUUCAAAUCCUCCUCCUCGUCCUCGUCCUCUGCAGCGGCCAAAUCCAAAUCAAUGAUGUUGGGGUUUGAAAAUGCUCGAUUUGAUGGUCGUCAUAACGAGUCAUUGGGAGCGAGCCAAUCUAGGUCGACAAUAUUCCCAUCGUCACCGUCAUCAUCGUCAUCAUUAUCGUUCAGACACAACGGCAACGACUCUCAUCACUAUCAGGGACGAAACAAGGAGAAAAGUUUAUACAACCAUCAUCGUCAUGAAAAGGAGAAGAGGAGUUUGGAGUACUAUUGUGAUAUUGGCAAGUUUUUGCAGGCAAAUAAUAAUGGUGGUAGUGAUCUUGAUGAAGAGGUUGUUAAACAAUAUGAUAUUGUGAGGAAUGUCCAUCAUGUGGAUCGGAAGAUGGUGAAGAGAUUUGAUCAUCAUAUGAGUGGCUGUGAUGAUAUUGAUACUUCUCUUCAUCUUUGAAACAAUUUUUUUUUUCUUCUUCUUUCUUUCUUUGGUUUCUCUUGGUUUAAAAAGGGGCAAAGGAAAUGUGAGAGAUUAGGAAUUUUGAUAUUUUUUGUCUCUCUUUUUUCCUUUACUUAGUUUCGUACAGGCCUAAUAUUAUUGUGGACUUUAUCAAAGUCUAAUUAACUAAUACUAAAUUACAAUCUUCUCGUACCAUUUUUUCGAUUUCACAUCCAUCGAUAAUUCAAACAAUUGAUCUAAUAGAGAUUACUAAGAAUAAUAACAUAACUAAACC